AUGGAGUCUAUAAGAAAGAUAAACAGAAAAUUCCUACUUACACCAAAGGUUUUGUAUUUUUUUGUGAACCUCCAAUACUACACUCUCCACCAGUUCAGGGGAGUUUUUGCAAAGAAGAAGUUUGGUGCUACCGACGGGGACCUUGCAAAGUAUAUGGGCCCCAUGCUCGGAGCAAUAUUCUUCACGAAUAUCUUUAUUGGCACAAUGAAUGAUAAGUUUGGAAGGUCCCAUCUAUUUAUGGUUGGGGCUCUUCUUCUUACGUGUAGUCUUCUACAGAUGUUCUAUGUGGAUUCCUACAUGGACAUCUUCCCGGGGAUGUUCUGGAUAAACCUCCUUCUCUACAUGGCAUUCAACAAUGGGAUUCCUCCACUGCUUGAUAAGGCUGUGCUUGACUACCUGAAUGGAAUUCCAGAAGCAGGGGCUAGGGCAUAUGGAAAGCAGAGGCUGUGGGGAACUGCAGGCUAUGGCUUGUCUUGCAAGCUAAUAGAGAAGUGUAUCAAGGACGGAGAUGAGUUUAGAUUUGGAAACUUGAGAUACUACUCCUUGGCAACUACGGCCAUAUCGGCAACCAUGGUGUUUCUACUCCUCAAGUCUCCCGCCAGCGAGGGAAGAACUGUUAGAAGAGAUAUAGCUGCAAACUGCAUGGAGCUGAUGAGAAACGGGUCUUACUUGUUCUUUAUACUUAUGAUACUUCUGAACGGGAUAACGAGGCAGGCUUUGUCGAUAUACCACACUGUGUAUCUAACCGAUAUUCUACGGAUCAAGGGAUACGACCUCCCCUCCUCCUGGCCCCUCUGGCUCCAGACCAUAGUCAACUUUUUUAACGAAUCUCCUGUGGCUACAGCAACCUUCUGCGGAAUGAUUUUUGAGGUUGUAAUGCUUUAUCACUUCCCAGCGAUAAGCAAGAAGAUCGGAUUAGUCUGGCCGUUCUUCAUUGCUCAACUGUUCCAGAUAUUUAGAGUGGGGUGCUACUUCCUGCUGGACUACAACGACCCCAACGUAUUUCUGUACUGCUGCCUUAUUGAGCUUACAAGGGGAGUGUAUUUUGGGCUGCUUCAACCGUCUGCAGUCCAGCUGGCCAUGAACUUGUGUCCUCCCCAUCUCAAGUCUACCUCCCAGAUGAUCUACCAUGGAACUUUCACGGCUCUUGGAUCCCUUGCCACCAGUCUUGUAUUUGGAAAUCUCUUCUCUGAAGACAAGAUGAAGGGAAAGGAUAUUCCUAUCGAGGACAGGGCUGCAAACUACAAGCUGUUCUUCUUUGUAAACAUUUGCUUUGCAUCUGUCACCACUGGGCUGUUUGUUUACAAAUACUUCAUUCUAGACCGGAUAUCCAGGCACCGCAGCACAGACCAGGAAAAAAAGGCGAUAAUAGAAUCCCAGGGAGAAGCCGUAACAAAUAAAUAG